GAGCCCGGUCGCUGGCGCCGCUCUCUCCGCUCGCUCGCGCAGACCCGGCGCCGGCGGUCGGCGACUCGGCGCGAUCCCUCCCGGGCGGCCGUGGCCCGCGCCCUGCGGCAUGCCCCGGUGACCGAGCGCGGGGCCGACCGGGAGGCAACCGUGGCCGAGGAGUGGGAGGAAGAGGCUGUCUGUGUCAUUAUGUGUGCGUCGGUCAAGUACAAUAUCCGGGGUCCUGCCCUCAUCCCAAGAAUGAAGACCAAGCACCGAAUCUACUACAUCACCCUCUUCUCCAUCGUCCUGCUGGGCCUCAUUGCCACCGGCAUGUUUCAGUUCUGGCCCCAUUCCAUCGAGUCCUCCAGUGACUGGAACGUAGAGAAGCGCAGUGUCCGCGACGUGCCCGUGGUCAGGCUGCCGGCCGAUAGUCCCAGCCCCGAGCGCGGCGAUCUCAGCUGCAGAAUGCACACGUGUUUUGAUGUCUACCGCUGUGGCUUCAACCCAAAGAACAAAAUCAAGGUGUAUAUCUACUCUCUGAAAAAGUAUGUGGACGACGCUGGUGUCCCCGUCAGCAACACCAUCUCCCGGGAGUAUAACGAACUGCUCACGGCCAUCUCAGACAGCGACUACUAUACCGAUGACAUCACCCGGGCCUGCCUGUUUGUCCCAUCCAUCGACGUCCUUAACCAGAACACGCUCCGCAUUAAGGAGACAGCACAGGCACUGGCCCAGCUCUCUAGGUGGGAUCGAGGUACAAACCACCUGCUGUUCAACAUGUUGCCUGGAGGUCCCCCAGAUUAUAACACGGCUCUGGAUGUCCCCAGAGACAGGGCUCUGUUGGCUGGUGGUGGCUUUUCUACGUGGACUUACCGGCAAGGCUAUGAUGUCAGCAUUCCUGUCUACAGUCCACUGUCAGCGGAGGUGGACCUUCCGGAGAAGGGACCAGGUCCCCGGCGGUACUUCCUCCUGUCCUCUCAGAUGGCUAUCCACCCCGAGUACAGAGAAGACCUGGAAGCCCUGCAGGCCAGACACGGGGAGUCGGUGUUAGUGCUGGAUAAAUGCACCAACCUCUCGGAGGGUGUCCUGUGGGUGCGUAAGCGCUGCUGCGAGCACCAAGUCUACGAUUACCCCCAGGUGCUGCAGGAGGCCACGUUCUGUGUGGUCCUUCGUGGUGCUCGGCUGGGCCAGGCGGUACUGAGUGACGUUUUACGCGCCGGCUGUGUCCCAGUUGUCAUUGCAGACUCCUAUAUUUUGCCUUUCUCUGAAGUUCUGGACUGGAAGAGAGCAUCUGUGGUUGUCCCGGAAGAAAAGAUAUCUGAUGUGUACGGUAUUUUGCAGAGCAUCCCCCAAAGACAGAUUGAAGAAAUGCAGCGGCAGGCACGGUGGUUCUGGGAAGCGUACUUUCAGUCAAUUAAAGCCAUUGCCCUGGCCACUCUGCAGAUUAUCAAUGACCGCAUCUAUCCAUAUGCUGCCCUCUCCUAUGAAGAAUGGAAUGACCCUCCCACUGUGAAAUGGAGCAGCGUGAGCAACCCACUCUUCCUCCCACUGAUCCCACCACAGUCACAAGGUUUCACCGCCAUCGUCCUCACCUACGACCGAGUGGAGAGCCUCUUCCGGGUCAUCACUGAGGUGUCCAAGGUGCCCAGUCUAUCCAAGCUGCUAGUUGUCUGGAAUAAUCAGAAUAAAAAUCCUCCAGAAGAUUCUCUCUGGCCCAAGAUCCGGGUUCCAUUAAAAGUUGUGAGGACUGCUGAAAACAAGCUGAGUAACCGUUUCUUCCCGUAUGACGAAAUCGAGACGGAGGCUGUCCUGGCUAUCGAUGACGAUAUCAUCAUGCUGACCUCUGACGAGCUGCAGUUUGGUUAUGAGGUCUGGCGGGAGUUUCCUGACCGCUUGGUGGGUUACCCGGGCCGUCUGCACCUCUGGGACCACGAGAUGAAUAAGUGGAAGUAUGAGUCUGAGUGGACCAAUGAGGUGUCCAUGGUGCUCACGGGGGCAGCUUUUUAUCACAAGUAUUUUAAUUACCUAUAUACCUACAAAAUGCCUGGGGAUAUCAAGAACUGGGUGGAUGCUCAUAUGAACUGUGAAGACAUUGCCAUGAAUUUCCUGGUGGCUAACGUCACGGGGAAAGCCGUCAUCAAGGUAACACCACGAAAGAAAUUCAAGUGUCCUGAGUGCACAGCCAUCGAUGGGCUUUCGCUUGACCAGACGCACAUGGUGGAGAGGUCUGAGUGCAUCAACAAGUUCGCUUCCGUCUUUGGGACCAUGCCUCUUAAGGUCGUGGAGCACCGAGCUGACCCUGUCCUGUACAAAGAUGACUUUCCUGAGAAACUGAAGAGCUUCCCCAACAUCGGCAGCUUAUGAAACAGGCCGCUAGCGGAGGUCUGAAUGUUAAGCUUGGACAGAGGAGAAUACGGCCUCCCCGGCACUCUGAUAUCAGCGUGUGGGGGACCUUUGAUUGACAGGCUGGACCGGGACACCUAACCUGCUUCCUCAAGAACCGGAACCUAAAGAAAGUGUCUAAGCACCUUAUUGGUGUGUGCCCUGUUCUAGUGUUUCUUAUGACCUCCGAUGGGUUCUUGUUGAAAAUGCCAAAUUUUCAACCUUUGUGAAGCCUUUGUGGCAUGCUCUGGGUUUAAAUCCAGCUCAGACUCCCUUUGUUUGCAGUUCCAAUAAAACAGUCUGGGAGGAAACGUCACUGACCCUAAGACUGCGGAGAAGACAAACCUACUGGCCAUAUUAGAUUAGGGGAAUCGUGUAGAUCACGCCCAUAUCUCACCUUUAGCUAUUUCAGAUCAGUGAGGUUUUUUAGGUGGAAAAGUCAAACCAAGAACUUGGUGCAAAAUUCCAACAUCUUCGUGGGAUUUGACAUCUGCCCUGGGACCGGGGGCACUGGGCCCAUGCAUAGGCAGAGCACCGAGUGCUGAAUUGGGAUCCUGUAAGUUCCAUGAACCAUUCCUCUUUGGUUUGGCUUGUUGAUAUGAUUAAAAUUUUUUAUU